AUGAAGCUCCCUUCGCUCACUGCCGUCGCUCUUCUGGCCGCCAUGGCCACUGCGAAGCCGAUCCACAAGACCAAGACGUCUGGUCACAAGGCCAAGACGUCCGAUCUCUCGUAUGACGGUGGCGAUUCCCCUGAUGAUAGUGGCGAACACUCCUCUGGAGGUGGCGAUCCCCCUAAUGGAGGUGGCGAUCCCACUAAUGGAGGUGGCGAUCCCACUAAUGGAGGUGGCGGUCCCCCUAAGGCAGGCGGCGAUCCCCCUAAGGCAGGUGGCAAUUCCGUUAAAGGAGGUGGGAAAGGUCUCCCAACGACUAAGGGCCUCGAGGGAAUCACCUACGUCCCUCAGAUCUUGGAGGACCUCCAGCAACCCGGCCUGCUCAUGCGCUACAACGAGCCAGAUGGAGCCGGACAGGCUAACCUCGCCCCAGCCGAUGGCGCUGGCGCCUGGCCCGAAUUCAUGUCCAAGUGCCAGAACGGCGGCAACUGCGGGGCAUCCACGGACAUCAUCAGCCCCGCCAUGGCUUGGGACAACCAGUGGCUCGUCGACUACUACGCUAAGCUCUGCCCGGGCGUCUCGCCACAAGAGCUGCACAGCUCGGAUUGCCCGCACAAGCCGAAGUACAUGGCCAUGCACUCUUACAAGCCGACGUUCGAGGGGUUCAAGCAGGAAGUCGAGACGUUCGCAAAGAACUGGCCCGGUUUCCCUAUCAUCAUCUCCGAGUUUUCGUGCUGGAACUUUGGCGAGGGAGAGAAGCGCUGUCAUGAGGAUAUCAACGAUUACUACGCCGCUUUUGGAGCGGGCAUUCCCCGCGGAAGUAACGCCGGUGGCAUUGAAGGCGACAACGCUAUCGUCUUCGCUGACGGAGAGAUCACGGAGCUCGGCAAGAUCUAUCAGUCCUACGGUCGUGCCUAA